GCAAACUGCCUGCUGCUAUGAUGCGUCGCGGAGUCCGGCGCCGGCGCGAAGCCGACGACGAGGAGACGUACCUGCAGAUGCCAGCCCAUAAGAAGAGCCUCGUCGAGUUCCUCGAGAACAUGUGCAUCUCAUCGGGAACAUCGUCGUCCUCACCCGCGACCAAGGCCGACGCCAAGGCGAGGCCGCCGAGCCCCGCUGCGUACGUCGCAGCCACGGGCCCGCGCCAGUUCCUACACCCGCAACGCGUCCACCUCGACCUCUACACGUCUUACCUGCAGCGACGAGCCGCGCCGCCGCGGGACCCCGCCCUUGGCGCACUCGUCCUGUACAACCCCAAGCCCAAGCUCAAUCCAAUGCGAAGCUACAUGUUCCCGCCCUUUACGAUUCCCGAAGAAAGUGAGAUCGAGGACAGUGACUUUAUGACUGACGUCGACAUGGAGAGCGACGACCCUGCGUCUCCGAUCAUCGUACCCGCACCAGGACGACCGCGCCCCGCCGGCAAUCUCUCCCACAGCGAAUGGUUCUUAUCGGACGAGUCAGAUGAUGAUAACAUGGACCUUCUCUAG